GCUACUGCGCAUCCUCGCUAGUCCACAGACGCGUCACUGCGCAUUCAACAUGGACCCAACGGUGAACCGGUAGAGUCUGGCGCCUCACACGAGUCAUGUUUAUAUUUGCCAAUUACGAGCCUUCGUCUUUCGGAAGAAAACGCUCCGGUUAAUCGGGGCAAAUCUACAAUGUACCACGUUCUAAAUCAAAGCACCGUCCUUGGAUAAGUGCUUAAUUAGAUUACGGUCAUGGCUGGAUUGAUCAAGAAACAGAUCCUGAAACAUCUCUCCAGGUUUGCUAAGAAUCUCUCCCCAGAUAAGAUUAAUCUGAGCACUCUGAAAGGGGAGGGCCAUCUUACCAACCUGGAGCUGGAUGAGGAGGUUUUGCAGAAUAUGCUAGAUCUGCCCACCUGGCUCGCCAUUAAUAAAGUGUGCUGCAACAAAGCUGCCAUCCGGAUCCAGUGGACCAAAUUGAAGACUCAUCCAAUCUCUCUGUCUUUGGAUAAAGUUGUCAUGGAGAUGAGCACCUGUGAUGAGCCUCGCCCUCCCAACGGCCCAUCACCCAUAGCAACAGCCUCGGGUCAAAGUGAAUAUGGUUUUGCAGAGAAGGUAGUGGAGGGCAUCUCUCUCUCUAUCAACUCCAUAGUAAUUCGGAUCAGCGCCAAAGCCUUCAAUGCCUCCUUUGAGCUCUCGCAGCUCCAGGUCAACAGCGUUAACACCAGCUGGGCCACCAGCGACCUCCGAUACACACGCAUCAUGGACCCCACGCGUGGAGAGAUCCUUACUUUUAAGGAAGUGAGCUGGCAGAUGAUCAGGAUUGAAGCAGACGCCAUCCAAAGCGCAGAGCACGAGGUCGUCAGCGCCCCCAUACGACUCAUCACCAACCAGUCAAAGAUCAGAGUCACUUUAAAGAGAAGGAUGAAGGAUUGCAAUGUAGUGGCGUCCAAGCUGAUUCUGAUCUUGGACGAUCUGCUGUGGGUUCUGACAGACUCUCAGCUCAAGGCCAUGGUGCAGUAUGCCAAGUCUCUCAGUGAAGCCAUGGAAAAAUCAGCAGCACAGAGGAAAAGCAUGGCCACUGAGACUGCACAGGUAACGCCAGCACCCCCCUCAGCCCAGCAGGUGCGCCCACAGCAAGCUUCAGCCGCGGCAGAUCAGAGCGCCUCCAUGGCACGGCUCUUCAACUCUUAUGAUGUCCGUGAGACAUCACACCACCUCCAAAUCACACACCUGGACCUGCACAUCUGCGAUGACACCAAUGCCAAGGACAGAGGAAUUAAUAAGAGAUUAGACGGUGGUGCUAUGCAGUUGUCAUUCAGUAAUAUAACCGUAGACUACUACCCCUACCACAAAGCAGGUGAUGGCUGUCUGCAUUGGAUGCAUUAUGGAGAGGCCACAAAGUCCCGUGAGACCUGGGCCCGUUCUCUUCUGGAAGAGUUUAAUUCCAAUGUAGACAUGCUUAAAAAUGCAGUCAGCAGCCAGUCCCAAAGUUCUCCCCAGCAUGGUAAGAUCUCCACAAGCUCCAGUAGUGCUUUCUCUCCCCCACCUACGCCCAGAACCCAGCUUAUUUCCAGCUCUAUUGUGCUGCGGAUUGCAGAUUUCAUCAUCUAUCAGGUGUCUACAGCAGACCAGUCACGCUCCAGUCCUCAAAGUAUGAUCUCCUGCAAUAAGAAAUCCCUCUAUCUCCCCCAAGAGAUGCCUGCUAUCCAUGCAGAGUUCACGGAGUACUACUUCCCUGAUGACAAAGACUAUCCCAUCCCUUGUCCUAACCUGUACGUGCAGUUGAACGCUCUGCAGCUGGUUCUUGACUCUCGCAGUCUGGUUUGGCUCAAUCUGUUUGCACUGGACCUUCGUCAGAGUCUUGAACAGUUUAUGGAGCUGUACAAACUCAAUGACUCCCAGAAACCCGAUGAGCAUGUGGAUAUCAGAGUGGAUGGACUCAUGCUGAAGCUGGUGGUCCCUGCAGACCAGGAGAAGACUGACCAGCCUUGCUCUGUGUCAGUGCAGACCUCCGAGAUGGUGGCCACGAACACACGUCACUCUUUCGGUUGCUCUCGUUCCAGUCUUGAGGCUCUCCUGCAGGCCUUCCAGGAGCAACCCUUCUUCACCUCCCUCUCUUCCUCCUUUCCUCAUGCCCAAAACUCAUUCUCUGUGCUGCAUUCCGUCUUCCUGCGCCACGCUCACGAGCAGGACACAUGCCUUCAUGAUGUGUACAGGGGCCUCACCCCACCCUCUCUCUCCACCAAUGCCCUCAAAAGAGCGGCAGCCACCGACCUGUGGGCCAUACACUUUUCCCAGUUCUGGGUGGACUAUGAAGGUUCACGCAGUGGUCGAGGUCGCCCAACUCCCUGCGUGGACUCCUUCCCUCUCACCCUUUGGGUGUGCCACCCUGCCCGAUACACUCAGCAUCAAGAGAGACUAAAAGCGGGGUUAGGGUCAGGGCUGUUGCCACGGAGCGAAUCAGCAGAGAUAGCAAAUCGUCUUCAGAGGAAGAAGCUUCUUAAGGAGUACUACAGCAGAGAUGCAUCACCCAGCAACACCCCAAGCAAUGGCCUCCAUAAACCACUCUCUCUUGAAGGCUUACGCAGCCAUUCUCUUUCCCUUUCUGCCCCCGCCUCCUCUUCAGCAAAUGAAGUAGACUUACAGGUACUGAUUCACAUCCAGAAGCACCUGAGCGUUCAAGUUAGCCAUGGGCAGUAUGUGUUCUUGCUCAAACUGCAACAUGCUGUAAAAACUCUGCAGUGCACUUUGCAACAAGAUCUGGAGCAGUAUGGUUCCAAGCUCCAGGGCCCCACCCAGCCUUUCAGCGCCUGCAUUGGCUUGCUCAUGAAAAGUGCAGAAGUUGCCCUUUUUCUAAAACCAAUUCCCCAGCCGGACUCUAGUCCAAGCCCCAUAAAUUCUGACCUGUCUCCCUCAGAGAGCAGAGCCACUCUUGAGGCAGGUAGUGAGGGGGGCGAAGGGCCAAAGAGACCCUCAGCUGCAGGUGAGGGAGCUCUGUCAACAGGCUCUGUGGAUCAGCUCUGUUGUGUAGAUUCAGAGUCAAGUAAACAUGGUAUGAACACAUCUCCCCUACUUCCUUCCUUGUCUACCUCUUCUGCCCUGAGAAAGGGAUCUACAGAUGAGAGGAGUGGUGUGGUUGCCGUAUUGAGUGUAACGUCUGAAGAAAAGAGGGGUGUGAGAGAAGGAUCUCCUGAUGGGGAUGGAAGCAGAACUGAAGCCAAAGAGCAACACUGUGAACCCUCACAACACUCACAAGGUGUGGUAGUGGAUCCCCUCUCCGACACUUCCUCCACAGAUUGGAACGAUAAGAGUCAGGGAGGAAGACUGCCUCAGUCCAUGUCCAGUGGUCGGUUGAUGCAUGGCAAGUCUCAGUCAAGUUUCGCAGUGUCCUAUAAGACCAUAAAGAAAAGCCCCUCACUACAGUCUAUGGACGACUUCUCUAUGGACAGUAACUCACUGGAAGACUGUGACACCUACAGCCUGCUGGAAAGAGAUGAUGUGUCUAUCUCUGGUUUUAAGGCUGUCAGUGAACAGAAUUUCACUGAAGGGGCAGCUGUGUCUCUGGCUCAGGAAGCUGAUGAGGCCCAGUCACCUGAUGCGAUCAGCGCUGCUUCCCAGAGCAUCGAUGAGCCCAUGAAAGACCUUGUGUCAGUUCUGGUUAUGAAGGUUCACUCCAUCUGUUGCUCUCUGGAUUUGAAAGGUGAUGACACAGCAGUAGCUCUGGAGGUGGGAAGCAUCCGACCCAAUCAGCUUGGCAAUGUCAGUUUGAGGCAGUAUCUUAGCAACCGCAGCCUGGCUUUAGUGUCCUCAGCAUCAGUCACUCAGUGUGGUGAAGGUUCUGGGUCUGGCUCGGACCCCAGUAUGGUACUGUUAAAUCCAGAGGUGCAGGUGAGACUGGAAAGCGGUCCAGGGGCUGCAGUUCACUCUCCGCUCGCUAAACAAAACGGCUUUCUGCAGUGCCGCCUACAGGCCUUCAAUGCUGACUUCCUUAUGACAUCACUACAAAACCUUGCCGUCUUCCUGGAGGAUGACUCCGCCUCCCAGAUUCUGCCUAUGGAGAUCACAAUCAAAGAUACACAUGUGAACUUGAAGGAUAAUGAUCCCCGAGAUAAUGCAUCAGUGCCGGAGGCCACGCCCAUCACCCUGCAUAUUUACAAUCUGCUCAUCCAUCGUCAAGACGAUGGCUCGUUCAGCAUUGGAGCUGAACGCACGGUGGACUCAAAGCUUCAGAAAGCGGGGCCUGUGAAUGACAGCAGGCUCAGUUCUGUCCCUGAAGUUCCUGGGGGUGUGGCUAGUGAGCCGAAAGCCACUCAGACUGCACCUCUGUCACCCACAAGCCCCACCCCCUCUAGUCAAGAACAGCUGCUAAUGGAAGAGAAUGAAUGCUUGAAACUGGAGCUCUCCAAAGCCAAAAUGGCGCUAGCUGAAGCCCAGAUGGAGAAAGAUGCUCUCCAGCAUCAAAUGAAGACACUUAAACUCACCAGCCAGGGCAACGACAGCUAGUGGCAGCGUGUGUGUGUGUGUGUGUGUGUGUGUGUGUGUGUGUGUGUGUGCACACAGAGCUGACACUUUCCACAUGGGGGCAGCAGAGUGCUUGAGGGGCCCAACACCACUUGAAAGCCCAACACUGCAGCCCUGGAUGUUGCUUGGGAUAGGAUGGGGUGCGCUCUCACCAGACUCUGGAUGCAACUUUGCAAUCAGUGGCAUCAGCUUAAAAGAACCGUGUUCUUUACGAUUGUGUACAAACAAUACCUAAGUUUCAGGGAAAAAAAUCCAGUGAAAAUGAUCUUUGAAUAGCCAGUGGAAUUGUAUAGAUUUCCACUAAUUAGAUGCUUGUAAGCUCACUUGUAGUUUACCAUAUAUAAUUUUUUUCUCUCUUGUUUUUACUAUUUAUUUCACUUUGACAGUUUGUAGGCAUGGGCCACUCAUUCAGCCCCCUAAGAUAUCAACUCUCUCUCUCUCUCUCUCUCUCUCUCCAAUCGUAAGCAGGGUAGGAGCACAUUCCACCCUUGACCUCUAACCCCAAGGCAGUCUUACUUAGAGUCAGGGUGUCUGACACUGAAUGUCAUAUCUUUGGAGGAAUGUUUUAAAAACAUUGAUUUGCACUGUUUUGAACUCAUUUAACAAGAACUUAAAAGAACUUAUUUAGCUCUUAAUAAAUUUGUCCGUAUGUAUAAUAAUUGUAAUACACAAGAAGUUUGUGUGAUCGAAUUUGGUGUGAGAGGGUACAUUUUUGCAUCUCUUUCUUACAUUAGUGUCUCAAAAAUGGGAAUGUCUUUAAUUAUUUAUGUUCAUGAAGACACACUACAAGACGGUGCCGUUAGUUGAUUUUGUCAUACUGUAUAGAAAAUAUGUGUUGAGGAUUGUAUUUUGAGUUCAGUAUUUUGAGACUAAACAUGCCGCACCUUUGUCUUUAUUUCUAGGUGAAUGUUUGCACUGCAUCAAUCAAAUGAGGAGAUCAGUUAUUAAUGUUGCAGGUGAUUUUGUUGUUGCAAUCUCACUCAGUUUAAAUAUGCAAUGUAAAACUGUUGCUUGUCACAUUGUUGAUCUGAUUACCAGCAUUUCUGCACAAAAUCUAAACCACAGAGAUGGAUGUUGGGAAAAAUCAUGCUCUGGUCUACAGAAGAGAUGCAUGGUUUGAAAUCACUCAUUUAAUUUUUAUUAUUAGCUUGUUAAAGUAAUGCUUUAAGAGAAAAGGGCCCCCUUUUGUAUUAUGAAAUGGUGCCACUGUGGCAAAAAUAUUCAAAUGUUUCUUGGUUUUGAUCAUAACUUCUCUUGCUUUCUUCUCAUAUUUGUUUGUUUUUUGUUACUUUGUUUCUCUGUAUAGCAGCCUCAACAAGUGCCUGUGACUGCACACCUCCAGAGCUUCUGCUUAUUACUUUUUUCAGAUUUUGUUCUCUUAAUUAAUAUUUUAAUGCUCUUCAUAUCUCAAGCUUCCAUCUGGAGAAUAUGUCUUAGUUGUUUGGACAUAAAAAUGUAGAGCUGGAUGACAAAAACCUGAUUGUAGACAAAGUAAAGGGGAACCGGACUCCUUUUUUCUGUAGUAAUAGGCCACACCCCCUACACCACCUUAGACACAUAUGUGAUAGACAUGCCCCCUUUAGAGUUGGAGGUCCACCUCUUUAGCACAAAUGAUGAACAAUGAAGCUCAAUCAAGCAAUCUUAUGAAAUGAUGAUGAUAUCUUGUGUCUGUCAGAAGCUGCUAAAAUACUAAGACAUCUGAAAUAAAAAGCUGAAAUUAAAUAUGGAGAUGAGAGUAAUUAAUGAGUGUCAACAGAGGCCCCCUUUUUUUUUUUGUUUGAGUCGUUGGAGUUACAUCGAAUGCACAAGAACCAGUGAGAUUUGAUGUUGGCGUUGUCAGCAUUUAAUUUGUGCUUUGUAUUAUUAUUAACAAACCAAAAGUUAUAUACUUAUAAAUCAAAGCAUUGAUCAGCUCCCAAUUCCAGAGUAUUUGAAUGCCUUCAUAAGACUUUAAAUAAGACGAACAAGUCCAAUGGACUACAUUUGUAACACAUUUUAGUCCUUUUUAAACUUUCAAGUGAGUCACUAUUAACUGCUAUUUUACUGAAAUCAGUGAAUGGAACAUCCUUUAAAACAUCUCCUUAUAAUAUCAUAUGGGGUUGGAACGACAUGAGUGAGUAAAUAAUGACUGAAUUUUCAUGUUUGGGAGAACUAUA